GGCUGGCCCUGCGCAGGCGCCGCCGUCCCCCCCGUCGGUGCCCGGUGCUGAUCCCCGGCGCCGGCUCCUCGCCUUCCCGUUCGUUCCGGCGGGCGGACGCGCCUGUGUUGCUGCGCUUUCGGGCAGCGGCCCGUGGAGACGCCGGCAUGGCGGAGAGCCCCGGACGGCCCGGCUGCCUGCCGCCGGAGGGAAGCGAUGUCCCUCGGGAAAGAGGCGAUGAGGAAGCGGCCGCCGGGCAGCCGCAGCCAGGGGUGUCCACAGAGGGGACGGCGGAGUCCUCGGACGGGUCCUUCCACUGCGAGGAGCCGCGGCUUAGCGGGGUGGCGAUGGCUGGGCAGGAGGCGGCCGAGGCGGAGGUGGCCCCGGGCUCCAGCGCCGGGACGGGGAGCGGAUUCCCCGAGGGGGCGGCGGAGAUGUCAGGCGGGCCAGGCGCAGAGCAGCAGCCUCCGGCAGGGGCUGAGCAACGAGUUCCCGACGGGAAAAUCCCGGGGGGCGAGGAUCUGCCGGGAGGGGAUCCGUUGGAGGCGGCCGCGGGGAUAGACGUGCCUGAGGUCUCCACGCCAGCAAGAGCAGAACCCGAGGGCGCGGCCGUGUCCCGGGUGAACACGGAGCCCGAGGAGGCAGCCCCGGAAGGUAAGGAGCCCGAGGGGACAGCCGCGGCAGGGACGGAACCCGAAGAGGCAGCCCCGGUGGGGACGGAACCCGACAAGGCAGCCUCGGUGGGAACGGAGCCCGAGGACGCGGCCAUGGCCCUAACGGGGACGGAGCCCGGCGAGGUUGAGGCAGCCCCGGUGGCACCAGACCUCGAGGAGGAGAUGGGGACAGUGCCGGUAGGGACAGACCCUGAGGAGGCAGUGAGAGAAGAAGCCCCGUCGGGGACAGACUUCGAGGAGACGAUGGCAAAAGACCCGGGGGAGACAAACCCCGAAGAGGCGGCGGGGCCAGACCCCGAGGAGGAGGUGAGGGAGGAAGCUCCGGCGGGGACAGACCUCGAGAAGCCUGCGGGGAUAGAGCCGGUGGGGACAAAUCUCGAAGAAGCGGUGCGGGAGGAGCCUGCAGACACAGCACCGGCUGGGAAAGACCCAGAGGAUGCGGUGCAGGAGGCAGCCAUGGUAGCAGCCGAGGAGGCGGUGGCCCCGGCGGGGAGCAAGGUGGCUCCCAGUAGCGGCGGGGAAGCAGAGGUGGCGUUGCCGGCCGGAGGAGAGGCCGACGGCAGACGCCGGUCGUCGGUGGGCCCCGCCGGCGAGGACGAGGUGGAGGCAGCGGUGGCGGAGCAGGGAGCCGGUGCACCGGCAGUGGCGGAAGAAGGGAGAGAGUCCCCGGGGGCAGGGGGAGCGGCGGAGCAGCGGAGCGGGUCCCCGGGCCCCGAGGGCGGCGAGUGGGACACGGCAGGUCGGAGCCUUAACGGCCGGGCGGAGGACGAGGAGAACGAGAGAGGUUCGCCUGCCGCCCUGGAGGAGGAAGAGGAAGAUGAGGAGGAGAAACAGGAACACGACAUCUCUCUCUUCGUCAAGGCUGGCAGUGAUGGGGAAAGCAUUGGAAAUUGCCCAUUCUCUCAGCGUCUCUUUAUGAUUCUGUGGCUAAAAGGUGUCAUAUUCAAUGUCACAACCGUGGAUUUGAAAAGAAAGCCUGCUGACCUGCAGAACCUCGCCCCGGGAACAAACCCUCCCUUCAUGACAUUUGAUGGUGAAGUGAAAACUGAUGUCAACAAGAUUGAGGAGUUCUUGGAAGAAAAGCUGUCUCCACCCCGGUAUCCCAAGCUUGCACCGAACCACCCUGAGUCUAACUCUGCAGGAAACGAUGUGUUUGCAAAAUUCUCUGCAUUCAUAAAGAACCCAAGAAAAGAUGCUAAUGAAAAUUUGGAAAAAUCUUUGCUUAAAGCCCUGAGGAAGCUGGACAACUAUUUAAAUAGCCCCUUGCCUGAUGAAAUCGAUGCUUACAGCACUGAGGAGAUCACUGUUUCCAGUCGGAAAUUCCUGGAUGGAGAUGAUCUCACCUUAGCAGAUUGCAACCUCCUACCAAAGCUCCAUAUAAUUAAGGUUGUUGCAAAAAAAUAUAGAAAUUUUGAUUUUCCACCUGAAAUGACAGGGAUUUCAAGAUACUUGAACAAUGCAUACGCAAGAGAUGAAUUUACAAACACUUGUCCUGCUGAUCAAGAAAUUGAGUAUGCGUACUUGGAUGUUGCAAAGAGAAUGAAGUAAACAGAAGAUGCUUCUGUUCUUUAUUGCUUCUGAGAUUCAUAUGGGCAGCAGCCAAGACGGAAGUA